UAGUAAGAUGCCAGCAACGAGAUGGGGCUGUGUAGGGCCGGGCAAGAUAUCUUGGGACUUCUUCCUGGCGAUACAAGACAAUCUUCAAAAGGCUGAUCACGAUUUUGUAGCUGUUGCCUCAAGAGACCAAGAUAGGGCUCAAAAAUUCGCUGAUAAGUUCCAUUUUAAGAAAGCAUACGGCUCAUAUGAAGAACUUGCUCAGGACAAAGACGUGGAGGUUGUUUACAUCGGAACUGUCCACAUUAGUCACGCGGAACUGUCAAUCAAAAUGUUGAAAGCAGGAAAGCACGUGAUCUGUGAGAAGCCAAUGGGAAUGAAUUACAAACAAGUGAAACAAGUCCUAGAUGUUGCCAAGGAACAGAAACGUUUGUUUGUAGAGGCUGUAUGGAGUCGCUGGUUCCCGGUGUAUGAGAAGAUACGUGAAGAGCUGGCUACUGGCUGCAUUGGUGAUCCGAGGCUGGUACAAGCCAAUUUCUGUAUACCUAUAGCAAACGUUGGCAGAAUAAACGAUAUAAAGGUCGGCGGAGGAGGGCUUCUUGACAUUGGAAUUUAUGUUGUCCAGUUUGCAGUUUUUGUUUACAACGAAAUGCCGGAAACUAUUACCGUUGUCGGGAAUAUGCGAGGAGACGUGGAUGAGAGUGCUUGCAUUAUACUUAAAUACAAAAAUGGAGCAAUGGCUAAUUUGACAUAUCAUACGGAUGCUGGAACGGGAAAUAACACGGCGACUAUUCUAGGGAAAAAAGGCCGCAUACAGGUAGACUCCCCUUUUCACUGUCCUACAACCAUGACAAGUUCUUCCGGAACCUUCAAGUUUGCACUGAAGGACGGGGACUACUUUCACGGCAAUAGUGCCGGACUCCAUUACGAGGCUGCUGCAGUACGGGAGUGUAUAAACAAAGGUUUACAAGAAAGUCCUAACUUCACCCAUAGUGACAGUGAACUGGUUCAUAGAAUCAUGGAUGAAGUUCGUAAACAGAUAGGAAUGAAAUAUCCAGAUUUUGAUUAACAAUACCAUUUGAAGAUGUUGUUGAAGGUCAUGCGCAAUAGCACGUGUGCAUUUCUCGUGUUAUAUGGUUGCUGGUGUAAUUCAAUCGUGUCUAUGUAAUAACACAAACAAACAUAUUUUAUUGAAAGAGUUCAUUUUUGCUCAGAUUAGAUAUAGUAUAAAAUAGAGAUUUGAAGUUAAUAAUGUUACAUGUAUGUUAAUCUACGACGGAAGAGAUCAAACGAUAGGUUUAUCAGUCGUGCAGGUAUGAAAAAAGCCAUGCAAAUAUGAAAAAGCCAUGCAAAUAUGAAAAAUCCAUGCAAAUAUGAAAAGCCAUGCAAAUAUGAAAAAGCAACAAUAAAGAAUGAUUAUUAAUUUCAAAUUGGAUUAACAUUGAUUAACAUCUAUACACUUUUAAACAGUGUUGAUUUAACUCAUACACAUGUCCUUUGUACAAAAGUGUUACAGAUCCUUCGUAAUCUAAAAUAAAAGAACUUACGAUCUGAAACUGAAACUGAAAAACUGAAACUGUUUUAUUUGAUUAAACGCCUAUUUUUACGUAAAACAUAUUCAAUGGCGUUUUACAAAUACAUAAUAAAUACGUCUAAAAAUUAAGAUAUUUUAAAUGACAUAUGAAAUAAAUGAUAAAUGAGCAUAAAUAUCAUUGUGAAUAAACUAUUUAGUAAACAUUAAACAAAAGAUCAGGCAUCAGAUAAGACUAAUAAAAUAUUAGAAUAUUAAGAUACAGUAAGAUAGCUGUUUUGUUAUUAAGUAAGUAGAGGUGGAUUAUUGCGACAUGUCCAUAAGUUAUUACAAACAACUGUGUUUUUGUAUUUGUGAUAAAAUAGUUCAUAUUCGAAUGUAUCUACACAAUAAAAUCAUCCAGUU